GAAAAAGAUAUGUACCUUAGGGAAGAACCUCAGUGAGAGGGAGGGAAUCAGAGGACGAGUAGGAGCGUGUGUGCGAGUGUGUGAAAGAGACACUUACUCUCCUAACUACUGGGACACACACACUUUCCUCACCCAACUCAAAGAAGCAGCAAACCCUGGAGAAUUUUAUUUUUGAUUUCAUUUUUCAUUUAAACCCCAAAACUGCUAAUCAUUCUCUCAAGCAUCCAUCUGCUGGGACUUAAUUUUCAGCCCCUCUCUAGGAAUUCUAUGUAUUGAUCAAUAGACAAUUUCCAUCCACACAAGACAUACCUCAUGGAUUUGUACCUGGUUGGAUAUCUCAUGUGCAUGUGGUUGUCCAGCUCUCGGGUGCUUGGAGGCUAUCCCAUCUGGUGGUCCCUGGCCCUUGGGCAGCAGUACUCAUCCCUAGGCUCCCAACCCAUCCUGUGUGGCUCCAUACCUGGUCUGGUGCCAAAACAACUGCGCUUCUGCCGCAAUUACAUUGAGAUCAUGCCCAGUGUAGCAGAGGGAGUCAAACUGGGAAUCCAGGAGUGCCAGCACCAGUUCCGAGGCCGCAGGUGGAACUGCACCACUAUCAAGGACAAUCUAGCAAUAUUUGGACCUGUACUUGAUAAAGCCACAAGAGAGUCUGCAUUUGUUCAUGCGAUUGCCUCAGCUGGAGUGGCGUUUGCAGUGACCCGUUCGUGUGCAGAGGGGACCUCCACAAUGUGCGGCUGUGACUCCCAUCAUAAAGGACCGCCGGGAGAGGGAUGGAAGUGGGGUGGCUGCAGCGAAGAUGCAGAGUUUGGGGUUUUGGUGUCUCGAGAGUUUGCAGACGCUCGUGAGAACCGACCAGAUGCUCGGAGUGCCAUGAACAGACACAACAAUGAGGCAGGUCGAAUGACCAUCCUAGAAAACAUGCACCUGCGCUGUAAGUGCCAUGGACUGUCAGGCAGCUGCGAAGUAAAGACCUGUUGGUGGGCUCAGCCUGACUUCAGGCUGUUGGGGGACUACCUGAAAGACAAGUACGACAGUGCUUCUGAAAUGGUGGUGGAGAAACACCGGGAAUCCAGAGGCUGGGUGGAAACACUACGGGCCAAAUACGCCUUCUUCAAGCACCCCACAGAGCGAGACCUGGUGUACUACGAGGGCUCGCCCAACUUCUGUGAGCCGAACCCGGAGACGGGCUCGUUUGGCACCCGCGACCGCGCCUGCAACGUGUCGUCGCACGGCAUCGAGGGCUGCGACUUGUUAUGUUGUGGCCGUGGCCAUAACACACGGACAGAAAAGCGCAAGGAGAAAUGCCACUGCAUCUUCCACUGGUGCUGCUACGUCAGCUGCCAGGAGUGUGUGAGGGUCUACGACGUGCACACGUGUAAAUAAGCGCAGGAAGAAAGGGACAAGUGGACAUUAAAGAUGGAAAGCGAGAGAAGGAGAGGGAGAGACUGAGAACACACACAAGAUAGUGGCACUUCUGUGGUAGAACCCUUUACUAAUGUGCCCUUUUUGAUCUACACGCCCCAAAAGAUGCCCUUCGUGAGCAUCAUGGUUACUACUGCCAUUCCUCUCACUCUUUUUUGUGGUACGCAUUACUUUUCCUAAAUGCCUUGUUAUCAUUCAGUCGUCUUUAUCUGUAACACCAUCUCUCUGAUCAUCUCGCCCCACUGCCCAGGGGCCGAAACAGGAUAUGUUUAAAUACAACCAAUGACACUAGGCAAGCAUUAAAGAACAAGAGGAGGGGGGAGAGGACGACGAGAAGCUCUCGGUUAACUACUGAACACUGGGUCUCAAAAUAUGCCCUGCUAUACUACUGAAUCCAAUGCAAUGCCCAUGUUUUCCCUCAUAGGCCAAGGACAUAUUGUACACUCCUACCACAUUCCCUAUAAUCACAUAUGUUCAAUUCAUGGAACAUAUUGCUGUUUGCUACAUAAAAACUCUUGUUAAUUUGCUUUAUACAGCAGUUUGGAGGGAUGCAAUUGAUAUAUUAGCGUAGAAUGCUGUGGGCGGUGCAAACAGGCAUUAUGGGUACCUUCCGAAUUUCAAAAGGGAUUUUUGCAGAACAUGUACAUGCAAAGCCAUCGGUGACUCUCCUGGAUGAGUGCAGGACAGCUGGUGAAAUGCAUGACGGCAUAAUGCAACGACACACACUGGGCUCACGUGCACCCGACCAGUAAAAUUUGCACUUACAAAACUACUAAUGAGUAUACUAAUUUUAGAGAUUAUGGUGAUUAUUUUUUAACAUAUUCUUUUUGAUAAAGCUCCUCGUAUAUGACUGUGAAGGCUCCGUUUCAACACUUCCCUGACGAGAAGUUUGCGUAGAGGAAGGAGAACAAGUGAGCAGGAGGAGUAUAGUUAGAGAUACUUCACCCAAAAAUGAAAAAUUCUGUUACCAGUUACUCACCCUCAUGUCGUUCCAAAUCUGUCAGACCUUUGUUCAUCUUCAGAACACAAAUUAAGAUAUUUUUGAUGGAAUCCAAGAGCUUUCUGACCUUAGAUAGACACCAACGCAACUAAAACAUCGUCUUUACUACCCAGAAAGGUAGUAAAGACGAUGCUAAAACAGUCCAUGUGACAUCAGUAGUUCAAUCGUAAUUUUGCGGAAAGAAAACAAAAAUAACGACUUCAUUUAACAAUUUCUUCACUUCUGUGUCAGUCAAAGCAUGUUUAUGUGUAUUUGUGUUCCAAGAUGAACAAAGGUCUUACAAGUUUGGAACAACAUGAGGGUUAGUAAUAAAUGACAGAAUUUUCAUUUUUGGGUGAACUAUCCCUUUAAGGAAAGAAAUAGGAGGGUCAAUAUAAGAGGGAAGUGGCAACUCAAUUUCAUGAAAAAAAGCGCAAUUACUUCACAAGGUGGUGAUUUCGUAUGAAUUCAUAUGAUUUGAUACAUAGAGAAAUAUACAAUUUUUAGAAAAAAGAAAGCAUGCACUCUAAGAAAAUGCUGGGUUAAAAACAACCCAACGCUGGGUAAAUAUUGAACAGAACACAUGCUGAGUUAUUUUGACCCAGCUGGUUGCGUUAACUGUUUUUACCCAACAUGCUGGGUUGUUUUUAAGCCAGCUAUUAUUUAAAAAUUAUUAUAUUGCUGGCUUAAAAUGGGCUGGAAAUUAAAAAUCACACAGAAUUAUAGAGGAAACGGCAAUAAUCAAAAGAUGAACAUUUAUUAUUAAGCAAUAACACCCAUCAACGAAAAUAUAAGACAAACUGAAUUUAUUUGGGUGAAUACGGCAUAGUUUACAAUACUCGUACAUUUAAACUUGUUUAACAAGCAUUUUAGAAAUAAAAAAUGUAACAAUUAAAAGUACCAUUUUAAUUUAAGUGUAAUGAACCGUUCUCUGUAAUCACUUUUCGCUGAAAUAGUGCUGAUUCUUGUGCCGCCGUAUCAUCAAAAUCUGUUAUGCAAGGCAAAAUUAAGGUGUAAAUGAUCGCAGCUGACUGCCACCUCGUCCUUGUACAGCACAGUAAAGACUUUACAAAUGAAAUAAAAUGAAUACAAACCUUUAUUUCGCUGAAGAAGUGCACAAUAUUGGCCGCGAUGAGAAGAGAGCUGGGUUGUUUCUGAGACAGGCUCAACCCAGCAACUGGGUAGAUAAAAAUGACCCAGCAGCUUAGUUACAGAAAAACUACCCAGCACCUGGGUAAAAAAAAAUUAAUAAAAAUAACCCAAUAAAAUGGCCCAAUAAGCUGCAUUUGGGUUAAAAAAAAUAACCGAGCAUUUUUAGAGUGCAGAAAAACUAACCAGCACCUGGGUAAAAAUAUUAAAAACCCAAUUAAAUGACUCAACAGGCUGAACCCAGCAUUUUUUAGUGUGACGGUCCAUCCCUGAACAUAAUCGUAAGUGGGGUGUAAGCAGAUUGUAUAAAAACGUACGAAGAUCAUGCAAAUUUAUACGAAGUAGCCACCAAUUUGUGAAUUUUCAUGAGAGUGUGUUGCAAGUGGAGGACUGCUGUGGGUUCGAGUGUGUGAUGAAUGGAAGAAAGACCGGCUUCACAAAGCUGCAGCAGACUAGCGGAGGUUUCCAUAGGACAUGUUCUGACAGUCCCAUACGCUUCCCAUUAAUUAAGUUUAACUACGCAACGCUAGUUUCACAUUCACACCGAUCCCCGAGGAGCCCUCUCACCAGUCACAUCUACGCUCCCUUUCCCAUUUCUCCUUCCGCUAUAUCCAAAGUUUUGUACAAAGCCUUUAAAAGUUCAUAAUUCCCUUUUUAUUUUAUAAUCUGAAAAUGUUAUGUUUUUAUAAAUAUUAUUUAUUACACAAUGUAUAUAUCUGUAUGACUGAACUAAGAUUAUAUAUUUGAAGAACAAAACAGUCUCAUGAUUUUGCUUUUUAA